AUGAACCCCACGGACCGUAAGUUGACCAAGCUGGAGCAGCAACGGUUCAAGGAAGAAGCGGAGAUGUUAAAGGGGUUGCAGCACCCCAACAUCGUCCGCUUCUACGACUCUUGGGAGUCCACGGUCAAGGGCAAGAAGUGCAUCGUCCUCGUCACCGAACUGAUGACAUCGGGCACCCUCAAGACGUAUCUCAAGAGGUUCAAGGUGAUGAAACCCAAAGUUUUACGGAGUUGGUGCCGACAAAUUUUGAAGGGUCUCCAUUUUCUCCACACCCGUACGCCACCCAUCAUCCACCGGGACCUCAAGUGUGACAACAUCUUCAUCACCGGCCCGACGGGUUCCGUCAAAAUCGGCGAUUUGGGGUUGGCCACGCUGAUGCGAACGUCUUUCGCUAAAAGCGUCAUCGGAACGCCGGAAUUUAUGGCGCCGGAGAUGUACGAGGAACGUUACGACGAGUCGGUGGACGUCUACGCCUUCGGGAUGUGCAUGUUGGAGAUGGGCACCUCCGAGUAUCCGUACUCCGAAUGCCAAAACGCCGCCCAGAUCUACCGCAAAGUCACCAGCGGCAUCAAGCCGGCUAGCUUUGACAAGGUGACGGACCCGGAGGUGAAGGAGAUCAUCGAAGGUUGCAUCCGGCAAAACAAAGCGGAGAGGCUUUCCAUCCGGGACCUGUUGAAUCACGUUUUCUUCGCGGAGGACACGGGGUUACGGGUGGAGUUGGCGGAAGACGACGGGGGUUUGGAUUCCUCCUUGGCGCUUCGCCUUUGGGUGGAAGAUCCCAAGAAGUUGAAGGGCAAACACAAGGACAACGAAGCCAUCGAGUUCAGCUUCGACCUGGAGGUCGACGUCCCCGAGGAGGUGGCCUACGAGAUGGUAAAAUCCGGUUUCUUCCACGAGAGCGAUUCCAAAGCCGUCGCCAAAUCCAUCCGGGAUCGGUUGACGUUGAUGACGCCGGCACCCGUGGUGUCACCGGGGCGGCCGAGCUCGCGCCGCAGGUCCUUGGGUGCUACCAACGAGGGUCACCAGGACCACCCCAAGAUGGGGUGUCCCCUACCUGUGGCCGUCCCAUCCCCUCGCAGGUGCCGGUAA